AUGUCAUCAAACAAACGUCCAAGGAAUUCUAAUCAUUCUACUGAAAACGCUACCACCCCCAUAGAGGUAGUGUCAAACGGAAACUUGGUAUCACAUUCUUCCAAACGAAUUCGAUUUGAUGAUUCACUGAGUUUUGGAGAAACACAUCGACCAAGGUCACCACAAACGCCCAUCACCGAAUCAAGAGACCCCAUUGUGAAAACCGAAGAUAUAGAACAAAAACAGCAAGGACCCAAUCGAUUACAAGACCAUGUUGAAACUUACCUCAAACAUCCUAUUCAAGAUUCAUCAGCAGAAAUAACAACAAUUAACUACAACACGGAUACUAUAAAGCAUGAAUUAUCACCACCACAAACAGCAGCAACGACAGACCUAAAAGAGGAUACAACAAUAAAGUCGGAGAACAAGUUAGAAAUGCCAUCAAUAGAUGUGGAACAGAGGAGACUAGCUCAUAAAGAAGUAGAAAGACGACGACGUGAAACAAUAACCCAUUAUAUCAACCAACUAGCGGAAAUUGUUAAUACCACCAGGCGACAAAAAGGGGAAAUCUUACGCGACGCUAUUGAUUACAUCAAGACUCUAAAGGAAGAACACAAUGCUGCGGUGCAAAAAUGGACAUUGGAGAAGAUACUGACAGAACAAACAAUACGACAAUUACAGGAUGAAAUGGAAGAUUAUAAACGACAAUAUGAAGAAUUACGUGAUAUCAAUAAGGCUAUGUGUAUCGAACGAGGAAAUCCUUAA